AUGCCAGUACCGAGUGCGUCUCUGAAAACGGCCUUCGUCUCCAGUUGCAACAGUGCCCCGGUCACAUCUGAAUCUAAACACGAGAUUGGUGAAAACACCAGAUCUACGCACUGUACCUGCGCAAACAAGAGCCUCAAUACCCUAAAUAUGUUAGGAUCGAUGGAUCCGAGUAUGGAGCAUUAUGACCGCAAGAGCCCGCACCGCCUACACUGCAAAAUAGGGAUCGCGCCGGUGGCUUUGAUCAAAUCUUCUCCAGCUAUUAGCUGGAUUCAAUAUAUUCAAGCUCCUUUGCUUACGUUGACACGUGUGUCUCGCGAUCUCCUCGCUUGCCUUGCGGCUCUCCAGUAUAAACAUGUGAUGGCUUCAUCAUUGGGCGCCCCGUUUCCUAUAUUCUCUAGAUCCUCUAUAUACCGUAACUUCCAGCACCCCUUGUCCACCGAACACCCUCCAUACUAA